AUGGACCUCCUGGCGGGAUCGUGCCUCGUGGCCCGUCUAGAGAUCCCGCUGGGGGAUCUGCUGGCCGAUCUGAAGGCCAACACUGAAGGGCGCCGCUCAUCGCUGUUCCUCAGCCUUGAGGGACACCUGGCUGAGGAUGGUGGCGGUGCCCCUGGGAGCCGAGGCCCAUCACCUGUGGCAGCCUAUCACAGCAGGAGGCCCCUGGAGGAGCCAAGGCCAUCCCAGCAGGAGCAGAAGGAGGCACAGAAACCAGAGCAGAAUGCCAGCCUUCCUCAACAGCCCAGCGGCAUAAACUACAGCCUGCCCUCACCACCAGAUGAAACAAAACCCAGCCUGUCACCACAGGCUGGACAAUCAAAGCCCAGCCUGUCACCACAGGCUGGCCAAUCAAAGCCCAGCCUGUCACCACAGGCUGGCCAGUCAAAGCCCAACCUGCCACCACAGGCUGGCCAGUCAAAGCCCAGCCUGUCAUCACAGGCUGGCCAGUCAAAGCCCUGCCAAUCCCAACAGGCUGGUCAAUCAAAGCCCAGCCUGCCACCACAGGCUGGUGAAUCAAAACCCAGCCUACCCCCACAGGCUGGCGAGAACGCUUCCCCUUCAGUACAGCAGGUCAUACACCGUGACCUCGGGGAAGGAGAAAGAUGGAGACCUCCCCGGCCCAACCUGCGGCAGAAAACAGGACAAGCCCAACAGGCUGGCGAGACUGUGCCCAGCCUGAGCCCCGAGGUCAUACACCGUGACCUCGGGGAGGGAGAAAGAUGGAGACCUCCCCAGCCCAACCUGCGGCAGAAAACAGGACAAGCCCAUCAGGCUGGCGAGACUGUGCCCAGCCUGAGCCCCGAGGUCAUACACCGUGACCUCGGGAGGGAGAAAGGUGGAGACCUCCCCAGGCUCUCCUCCGUCAAAGAAGGGGAGAGCCCAGCGGGAGUUCCUCUGCGGGGGGACGGGAUGGCCUUGUCAUGCACCCUCCCAUUCCGUCCCCCUCUAAGCAGGGGAAGGAGGCCCCGCCGGGAGAGAAGGGCGUGGGCGGGGCCCGCCUGUGUGGCCUCUGCUUUGUUGAUCGCCUAG